GUGAGACAGAGAACCUCAUUGUGGCUGUUCCUCCUAACAUCCAUCUCCACCUCUCCAGGAUACUAGGAUAACGGCCGGGUCAUGGCUGAAAACAGGAGGCCUCUACCCACCCAGCUUAGCCAAAUGGAAAUCUUGGAAAUACUUCACAGGGUGAAGAGGAAUGAAAUCACCAUAGAAGAUGCAAUUCUUUUAUCAGAAGAAGGUGGAAAGGAGACGGCAAUUCUUCCUCCCAACCAACAGUACAACUUCAAUGUCUACAAAUUCCGGUAUCGGUGGCAAAAACGCAUUUUACAGAUUGAUUUCUUUACACAGAUGAUUUUCAACAUAGAGAAGGGAACACUGAAGAAACAAUUCCCGUUUGAACAAGUAAAGUCUUGUGAGGAUAAUGAUGGCCUGAGGUUUGUCAUCUCCUUUCAUGGACAUCAAAACUAUGAGCUAGAGGCAGCUUGUAUGGAGGAUAAGCAGAGUAUUCUGAAGAUUUUAAAUGAAAUUCUGCAGAUGCAAAAGAACAGUCAGACUUCUCCUCUGAAAAGAUUUGUAAAAAAAAACGCAUUUUCUGAUGUGAUCUUGGAAGGGCUCCUAGAACGCCUGGACAAUCUGUCCAACAAAUGGGUGAAAUACCUGGUGAAGGUGAAGAGAGAUGAACUCAUGUUUUACUGUUCCCAGAAACUGGUGCCAGAAAAAAUUUGUGUCAAUCUGUCAGAUUGUACAGUGAGCGCUGGAAUGUAUAAUUCCAUGCCUACAUUCUCUGUCCACUGCACUCAAAAGACAUAUACAUUCCGGAUACCAUUAAAUGAGCAAAAUAAGAGCUUGGAGAAAACCACAUCAAUGAGGGAUGACUGGGUAUCAAUCCUGCAGGAUCUCUGCCUGCAAAAAAAUGAUCAACUCCCUCUACCUGCUGUCUAUGAGGACUUGGAGAUGGAUAAGGAGGAGGUGAACUACAAUCAACAUAACCCUAAUACUCAGUGUCUCAAGAUGGAGGACCCUCUCCAGAUUUAUGAGGAGGUUCCAUUACAACCUUUAGUUCUAGAGAACCAGACAAGUACAGAGGCAGCGGCUACAGAGAAGAGACCCUGCUUCCCAGCUUCUCCUCAGGUCACUGCUCUUUGUCCCAUCUUACCUCCUUCAUUACCAGUCCAAAUCCGAAUAGUGACCCCCAGCCCUACACAGACCAAAACCAAAGCAUUCCACUGGAACAUUGUACCACAGGAAAAGAUUAACAAGUCCAUGUGGGGACAGAACUCAAAAACUCAAGAACUUCAAAAGAAGAUUGAUGCUCAGAGAAUUCUACAUCAGUUUCAAACCAGUCACUCCUCUUUUGCUGUAGAAUCGGACAUCACAAAGCAUUCAAAUAUCCUGUUAAACCAGAAGAUUGCACAUAACUUUAAUAUAAUCUUAAAACGUUUUCACAUGGAGCCAGAGCAGUUGAAUGAGAAGUUAUUGAUCAUACGGGAGUGUAAUGGAGGUUUAUCUGAUGAACAUCUGACCAACCUCAGAAGAUAUGUUCCUACUGCAAAGGAUCGAAGCAUGUACUUAGGUUAUAAAGGUUCCCCAGCAGAGCUGCACAUUGUGGAUCAGUUUAUGCUGCAGAUGUGCAAGAUCCCAGAUCUGUGCCCCCGACUUGAUGUUUUACUAGCAAUAAGAGAGCUGCCAUUGUAUAUGAAAGAUAUACAGCCGCUCAUAUCACAGAAGAUCAAAUCUUGUAAGCAGCUGCUCCACAGCCAGGCCUUCCCAGCAGUACUUGCAUACAUCCUGGCCAUGGGCAACUGUCUCAAUGAAAGGACAGGCAAAGGGAAAGCCAAGGGGUUCCAGCUGUCCACCCUGACAAAAAUGUCCCAGCUGGUGAGUAAGGAGAAGAGCUUCACCUUCCUACAUGCCCUUGUGGAGCAGAUCUUAUUACAAGAGCCUGAUUUGGCAAAAUUUUCUCAGCAGUUGACAGAAUUUGAAGCCAUUCCUGGUGCUUCCGUCAAGGGUUUGAGCGCUGAAGUGGAAGUUUUAUCCAAGCAGUUAGAAACCAUUGACCAAUACCGGAAAUCUUUCAAGAGUAAACACUCCAAACCAUCAGCAAGUGAAGAGAAGUUUUUGAAGGAGCUAAAGGAAAUACUAGAACACUAUGGCACGCAGAAUGCUGAGCUCACCAAGAAAGCCACCGAAAUGAAGAAGCUGUACUCUGAGGUUUUGCAGAAGUUUGGAGAAGCAGAAGACCAAGAUUCGCAGGAGCUGUUUGGGUGGAUUUCAUCAUUCAUAAAAGAGUUCAAGAAUGCAUAUAUGGAUCUAAGACCUUCUCACUGACAACCCUCCUGUAUGUAACCUGUGACCUGUAAUGGCGUAUCUGUCAGGACUGGAGGUGACUUGAACCCUAUCCACUGCAGGUUUUAUCUUCUUAGCUUAAGUUGAGCCAUAUUAUGGCCCCGGGAAACCAGCCUAUUACUAAGCAAAGGGAACCAAUUAUAACUCCAGUAAUUCCAAGUGGAAUAAGGGAAUGGCAGUGAUGAACGGUUCUGGCCCAGGACAGUAAUCAUCACUUAUCAGUUGUUGCUCAGUCAAACUUUUAAAUAUAAUAACAUAUA